CGUCACCGCGGUAAUUAUUUUCCGGUCAUCGUUCGUAAAAUCCGGAGAAAGUUUUUUCGGAAUAAAUAGAAGUUUUGUCCCUCGAAUUUAAGUGCGUGAUUCCAGUGAUUUGUACAAUGAUACUCUAAAUGCAGUACCAUCCAGAACGACAGUAAGCAUUUUCAAUAAUUGUGCCAACGUGUGUCCAUCCAGUGCAGUGUCGAAACAAAACAAAACCAUCGGAAGAAAAAAAUGUCUUCGUCGGAAAUUUUAUUCGUAAUCGAAGGGACUGCCAUUAAUGGGGCCUACAUCAACGAUAUGAAAAGCAACUACAUCAUCCCAACGUUGGAAUACUUCUCGCAGAGCACGGUUGCCGACGAUCGGAUGGCUCUGGAUAGCAACUAUGGGACGGAUAAGAAUGGAAAUAUGUACGGUGUCGUUGUCUAUAAAACUGCCCAAAGUUUACCCGGUGUAUGCUGUACUACUUUCGGUCCGUACAAUAGCGCGCACAAGGUCCUGGGCGCUAUCGAUAAGCUCGAGCUCAGCGGCGGUAAAAGUGAGUCGAGUGCUAAUUUAGCUGAAGGUUUGGCAACAGCUCUGGUCUGUUUCGAUGAUUUUGACGAGCUACGUGAAAAUGGCUCAAAGGCACACAAAUACUGCAUACUGAUAGCCGCAAGUACACCUUACGCAAUGUACGUUACCGAAUGUUAUGCCUACGAGAAUAAGAACGUUGAGCAACUGGUGGGAUUAUUCCAGGAAAAAAAUAUCAACUUGUCGAUCAUAUCGCCGAGAAAAAUACCCAUUUUGUUCAAACUAUUUGAAAAAUCUGGCGGGGAUUUGAGCUCUAGCAGCACAAAAAACUACUGCAAGGAUCCUCGGCACCUAGUAUUGCUGAAGGGCUUCAGUUUGAAAGAGCGCCCUGUAAGUCCUCCACCCAAUAUCAACCAUAAUCAAGCGGCCAGCAUGCCUAGUCCUAAUCCAAACCAGCAACAGCAGCAGCAGCAGCAGCAACAACAACAGCAACAACAACAAAAUCCCAAUAAUCCCCAGAUGAACAAUCCCAAUCAAGUUAUGAUGGAUAAUGUUAACAGCAACAUGAACAAUAUGGUUAAUAAUCCCAAUCAAGCAGCAAUGCGCAACCAAAUGGUCAAUCCUCAGCAGCAGCAACAACAGCAGCAACAAGUUGUUAUGCAGCAACAAUUACAACAGCAGCAACUCCAACAGCAGCAGCAACAACAGCAACAACCAUGUCGCAUGAAUUUCUCCCAGCAAGGUCACAUGGGUAACAAUCAGAUGUUUUCGGGUCAGGUACCUAAUCAGCAAGGCGUUGGUGGCAUGAAUUAUCAACAGCUUCAACAACAGCAGCAACAACAGCAACAGCAGCAGCAGCAACAACAACGAUGGAUGGGUCCGCCACAGGUUCAGAACCGUAAUUUUAUGCAACCGGGAGGCAUGAAUGGGGGACCGAUGCAACAACAGCAGCAACAACUUCAACAGCAAAAUCAAAUGGUUGGAAACAACUCGCAAUCGAAUUCCGUACUAAUUUCGCAAUUGACAACGCCACCCAAUGCCAUCAACGUCCAGCAGCAAAUGAAUCAGUUAAACAAUCCGAUGAGAAUGCCACUUGGCAACAACUGUCUGCAACAGGGUCAACCUCAGGGCCAACAAAAUUCCCAACAGCAAAGUCUGUUACAGCAACAACAGCAGCAGAUGAUGGCUCAACAACAACAACAACAGAACAUGCAAAAUCAAGGUAUGCAGAACCAGAUGGGAGUUCAAGGGGGUCCACAAAUGGGAGGUGCUAUGUUAGGACCGAAUCAACAUCAACAGCAACAAAUGCACCACCAUCCGCUACAAGGCAGAAUGCCCAACCAACAACCGCAGCAGCAACAGAUGGGUGGUCCUGGAGGGCCUCAACAAGGUCAACAACAGCAACAGCAGCAACAACAACAGCAACAGCAAAUGGGGGGUCCUGGGCAACAAAUGGUUCCCGGUGGUGGACCCGGACAAGCCUCUAAUCAGCAACCGCGGGAACGAAUUUGGUCCGGUAUCUUGGAGUGGAUUGAAAAGCCCAACAAAAACGAUGCUACGAAAGUCACACGACAGGUUCCGUGCUCCGUUACGGCCAACAUACGCGAUGGCGAACCAGAAAUCCGGGCAGACAAUUGGCCACCAAGGUUAAUUAUGCAGCUAAUGCCAAAGGCACUAGUGGGCAGUGCCGGGGGACAGUAUAUCAAGGAGUCCAAAACAGUUGUCUUCAUACCACAGCCGUGCGAAGCACUGGAAGCUCUCUCGAAAGUUAUGGGUUCGGGUUUUGCCGGUUGUGUACAUUUCACCACAUCACCAAACUGUGAUAUUAAGGUGUUGAUCUUGUUGUAUACGGCAGAGAAGAAAGCCUAUCUUGGUUUCAUUCCAACCAACCAAGUUGCUUUCGUUGAUCGCCUCAAGAAGGUGAUUAUGCAGAACAAAAAUCUGCAGGCAAAUCAGCAGGCCGCUGGAUCAAUGGCGAUCCAAGGUCCAUCCGGCGGUGGUAUGAAUCCUCAGCAGCAACAACAAGUUCAGCAGCAGCAACAGCAACAACAGGUACAGCAACAGCAGGUACAACAACAGCAACAACAACAACAGCAGCAGCAGCAGCAACAGGCCAACCAACAACUGAUGGGGGGAUCGAUGGGAGGUCCUGGUCUUGGACAGAUGGUUCCCGGUCCUGGUCAAAUGGUUCCAGGAGGCAUGCAGCAAGGUGGUCCCCAAAUGGGUGGCAUGAUGCAACAAGACCAGUUCAACAACUACAAUCAGAUGGGAAAUCAACAGAUGCAAGACCCUAGCAUGCAAAUGUCCCAACAGGAACAGUAUAAGAUGCUGUUGCAACAACAACAACAACAACAGCAACAGCAGCAACAACAAAGAAACAUGGGAGGUCCAAUGGGAAAUAUGGGGAUGAAUGUUGGCAUGCAAAAUCAGCGAAUGAUGCGACCUGUUAUGGCCAACAACCCGGGAUUGCGCCAUCUGCUGCAGCAGCAGCCGAACCCCCAAUUUCGGCAACAGAUGGCCAUGGGCAAUCCGAACCCGAUGGGACAGAUGGGAGGACAGCGGCCGAAUCUCAAUCCCAACCCGUCGCAGGCACCUUUUGACGAUGCAAAUUUUGAUUUUAUGUAAAACUAUCUGACUCCAGCUUCGCGAAAGUGAAAUCUUUUCUACAAAUAUUAGUGUUAUCCAGCAAAAAUAUAACGUAAACUUGCAUGACAGUUGCAUAUACUGUGCGGUUGUACUUAA